AUAGGCGGGUCCGCCUCACCUAGAAACUACCGAGUAUAAAAGCCAAAGAAACUUCCUUCUUAAUAAAGUCUUCAGUUUUCCCCACAUGUCUUAUUCUUCAUCCGCAGUUCAUCUUGCCAUUUAUCUUUUUCCCCUUUUCACAACAAGCAUUUGUCUUCCGGUAACUCACUCCCAUCUUUUGACAUUCUAUGGUGCUGUUUGUAGUCAAGGUUAUUUGACUCUAUUUUCUCUUGUUAAUCUUGUUGACACCCUUUGUCCUGCCUUUUACUGCUU